GCUGGCGUCCGUGUGAUGCCGCUCGCAUGGCUUCAGAUGCCCGUCACGUGCUGGAGAGCCCCUGGGAGCAAAUGGACGACCUUCUCGCCGGCACCAAGGCAGCUGCUAUCGAAGGGCCCUGCGAUGCCCAUACGGGGUUGAGUUGCCAGGGUCGCUGCUCUGUCGAGCGUACCCCAAAACCAGCCCUCCCCCCGACACUUGACCCCGCUAUCAAGGUUAGUCAGCUGAUGGAGGAGCUCAGGGAAAUACUGGAGGGUCAAGGGAGCGUGCGAGACCAGGACUCUCUUCUGCAACAGGUCUCCGUCGACACAGCACAUAUGCUAUUGGAUUGGCUAGGGAGUGGCGAGGUGAAUCUGCAUCAGUCUGGGACAAGUGAGACCUACCAGGAGCGGCUGUCACGUCUGGAGGGGGACAAAGAGUCGCUCAUUCUUCAGGUGAGUGUGCUGACAGACCAAGUGGAGGCUCAAGGGGUGAAGAUCAGCGAUUUGGAGAGUUCUCUGGAGGAGCACCAGCACAAACUCAGUUCCACAGAGCAGAUGUUGCAGCAGGAGCUCCUGGACAGGACGUCGCUGGAGAGCCAGAAGCUGAGUCUGAUGGGGGAGGUGUCCUACCUGAAACUGAAGCUGGCAGACAUGGAGGAGAAACAGGGCCAUGGGUCCGAGAGGCAACAUAAAGCCGAGAGUGUAGUGAAUUUCAUUAGCGAGCUGCAGGAGCAGAUGUGUAGGUUUCAGGAGGAGAUCAAUAGCAAGAUCCAGGAGAAAAGGGCCUUGGAGAUCCGGGUUGACGGCGGCUCGCCGGAGACCUGCCACACUGGGUCCAGUGAGGCCCAGAGUUCAAACCCGGGGCCCUCCUGUGACAGUACCCCCGAGGAGAUGCAGAUGCUGCAGGAGACAUGGGACAGGCCUGAUGGGAACACACACAGCCUGGAAGAGAGUAGCUCAGAUGCAGAGCAGCGACAGUGCCACUUUGGAGGAGAAAGUGGCUUACUUAAGGAGAUCAAAAUUCUCAAGGAUAAAGUGGGACAUCUGGAAGAUCAGAAAAUACAGUAUGAGAAGAAACUCAAGGCAACAAAGGCGGAGAUAAGCAGCCUCCAGCAGCUUCUGUUCAAUAAGAAUGCUGAGAUAGAGAAUCUGCAUACUCAGCUGCUCACCAGACCCGCGCUGCCUGCAGAGAGCACGCUGAGAGACCAGGAACUCCAAAGGCUUAGGACAGGAAUGGAGUCGCUGCUAGCUGCCAACGACGAGAAGGACCGACAGAUUGAGGAGCUGACUCUCCUCCUGAACCAGUGCAGGCAGUUCAGAGACGUCCCUCACAACACGCGGCAAGCGCCACCUGCUGUCCGUUCAUUGUCCAAUGGCAGGACGCCGUCGACGAGCAGUGAGGAGGAAGAGCAAGGGGUGAUGCUGAAGAACACCGACUCUGCCAGUGCCAAGUCAGAGGAUGUGAAAUCCGAGGUCUCCACCAGCAGUUCGUCCUCCCAGCUGACGUCUCAUUUAUCAGUUCAGAAGAAUGCUGACUGCAGGGUAGAGCCACAUAAUUUGUCAAGCAGUUUGAGCGACAUACCGAACGGGUCUUCACAAAAGAGCGGACAAGCGGAAACUAGAAGCCGGACACUGCCUGUAAAUACCUUUCUACCAGACCAAAAUGGAGACAGAGAGAGCGGCAGUGAUACUCAGAGUCACAGAUCUCCAGAUGGGAGCGAGGAUGGAGACUCCAGCCCAAAAAAGCCGGAGAAAAAUGAAGAUUGCAGUUCAAAUGACCAUUCCCCUGUGCAUUCUGAGGCAAACACGCAGCCUGGCCACCGGGCAGUGGGCUCACCAGAAUAUCUGAAGAACAACAGGAGUAUCAAGAAGCUGUGGGGAAAACUUCGAAGGACCCAGUCUGGGGGGCUCCAGGGGGCUGAUGCGGACCCGGGCCAGUUUAGAAGAGGGGGAUUGCGGGCCACAGCAGGGCCAAGACUGACCCGGACCCCGGAGUCUUGCAGCUCUGUGCAUGAUAUGAACACACCAUUUAGCCGCUGGACCAAGGAGCAGGUCUGUGGCUGGCUAGAGGACUAUGGACUAGGCCAAUAUGUAAACCUCACCAGACAAUGGGUUGAAAAUGGACAGACGCUAAUCUCCGCCACGCCUCAGGACUUUGAGAAGGAGAUGGGUAUGAAGCAUCCACUGCACAGGAAAAAGCUUCAGCUUGCUCUGAAGGCGUUCACUACAAAAGUUACAGAGAAGUCCUCUGAGCUGGACCACAUCUGGGUCACUCACUGGUUGGACGACAUUGGUUUGCCUCAGUAUAAAGAUCAGUUCCAUGAAGCCCGAGUGGAUGGCCGAAUGAUACAGUAUCUUACAGUUAAUGACCUCUUGACUCUAAAGGUGACCAGCCAGCUCCACCACCUCAGUAUUAAAUGUGCCAUCCAUGUCCUCCAUGCAAAUAAGUUUAACCCCCACUGUCUGAGACGCAGACCAGGGGAGGAGAAACAGCCUUCUCCAUCAGAGGUGGUGCAGUGGUCCAACCAUCGUGUCAUGGAGUGGCUACGAGCGGUGGACUUAGCGGAGUAUGCUCCUAAUCUUCGGGGCAGUGGAGUCCACGGAGGGCUGAUUAUUCUGGAGCCUCGUUUCAGCUCUGAAACCUUGGCAUUGCUGCUGAAUAUACCGCCUCAGAAGACCCUGCUGCGCCGCCACCUAGCUACUGCCUUCGCCGCCCUGGUGGGCUCUCAGGCCACGCAGGAGAAGCGAGAGUACGCCAACGCCACGGGGCACGUUCCCCUCACCACCACUGCAAAAGUCAGGCCAAAGAAGCUGGGCUUCACCCAGUUCAGUCACCUGAGGAAGAAGAAAUCAGAUGAGUCCGUCGACUACAUCUGCCCCAUAGACAGUGGAUCCCCAGCCAUGAACGGGGUCUCCCACCGGCCCUAUGCAGGGCUCAGGGGUCUUAGCCCUUUAUUAGACAGACAGCCUGAGCGGCAGGAGCAGGUGGGGAUAAAAAAACCAAGCUGAUUCUUUCCGAGCUGAUGACUACCAAGGGUAGUUGCUUUUAACCCCACCACCUCUGGCCCUGCUGCAAAAAAAACUCCCUCGUCCAUGAAUCAAGUUGAUUUUGUGAUUCGGUGGAAAAUCUUAACGCUGCGACCCGAGAUGCAACCCUAUGAUGAUUUUCUGGAUAUGGUGCAAAGGCAAUCAGGACGGGAUGCUAACUGGUGUAUUUUUGGACAUGCCCGUGCAGGACUCAACAAGACAUGGUGAAUGGUGACUUGUGUGAUAGAAGCUCAACCUUCUUUUCAUGAAGCCACUCUCUUCAUUCCUUUUAGAGAGGGAUUCCUAACUACACACAUACUUUAAUGCAUUGCGUAUUACUGACCAUAAUGUAUCUUAAAUAUUCUAGAUUAAAUUUGUACAUUCAUUGCUUCUUUUCUAUUGUGUAGCUUUUUCUUAUUUACGGCGUAGUUCAAAAAUGGAAACCUCUCAAUUCAAGCUUGGUUAUGACUUACUCUUUACCUUUUGUCAUUUUUCUUUAUUUUUGAUGACCAGAGAACAAUGUCUAAUGAAAUCAAAACUCAAAUUCUGAUAGGGGACUGAAACUCAGCACUUUUAUUCAAGACGUGUUGGCCUCCUGGUGUCUCUGUAAAAUAAUUCAGCUUUUAAGCUACGGAUAUUGAAAAUAAAGCCCAAUGCUGCCUUGCU